AUGAAGACUACUACCUAUCUCGCCAUUGCUGCUGCUUCCGCUGCAGUUGUUUCUGCCAAGCCUGAUGGUUGGGGUGAGGGCAAAAAAGAAUGGGUCCCCGACUUUGAAAAUGAAGAUGAAUGGGUUGAACGACCUGCUCUCACUGAUCCCAACAUUGAAGUGGAGACUCUUCCUCCUGUGAUUGUUUACACCACCACCUAUGCCACACGUGUUGAGCCUAUCUUCCCUGGCAAGAAGGAAGGCUGGGGCGAUGAUGGUGAAGAAAGCUGGGGUGGCAAAGGCGAAUGGGAUGACGAAGAAAACGAAUGGGGCAACAAGAAGGGCUCCUCUUGGGAUGAUGACAAGGAAGAAAGCUGGGGUGGUAAAGGACGCUGGAAGAACAAGAAGGGUGGCAAGAAAGGUGGCUAUCGCAAAGAUGAUGAUGAAGGCUGGAGUGGCAAGAAGAAAGGUGGCAAGAAGGGCGGCAAGAAGGGCGAUUGGGAUGACGAAGAUGAUGAUGAAUGGGACAACAAGAAGAAGGGCGGCAAGAAGGGCGGCUGGGAUGAUGAUGAAGAUGACGAAUGGGAUAGCAAGAAGGGCGGCUCCUCUUGGGACAAGGAUGAUGAUGAUGAUGAAUGGAGUGGCAAAAAGAAGGGUGGUUACCAUGCCGCUUCUGCUGCUCCCUCAGCUGCUGAAGAUGACGAUAUGAUUGCUGCUGCCUCUGCUGGCAUGUCAUCAGCUGCUGGCGGUGGUAUGUCAUCCAGCGCUGCUGCUUCUGGUUCCGGUCAUGGUGGUAGCUCAAUGGCAGCACCCACUCGUGCUGCUGCUGCUACAUCUUCAGCACAAUCCUCCGCUGCUCAUUCUUCCUCUUCCUCCUCUGCAAAGGCUUCUGGAAGCAAUGGUGCUGGUAGCUCAGCUGCUGGUACCGUUCGUGUUGUCGGCUCUAUGGUUGCUGGUUUGGCUGGUGCCGCCGCUUGGUUCCUUUUCUAA